AUGACCGAAAUCAAUCCCGAGGAGGUUCUGGCGCGAUUCGAAGAGCUCAGUGUACUUGAGUCGGAAUUUGAAGAUGUUGAGCUUCAGAUAAUCAGGAAAUCUGAUGCUCUCCACGCUCCCCUCUUCCAGCAGCGCGCCGCCGUCAUAGCCAAGAUCCCUCACUUCUGGGCUCUUGUCUUCGAGCAGUCACCGCCAGAGGUCGACAACUAUAUACUACCCUCCGACUCCCAGGUCUUCGCCGACUGCCUUGAAACCCUAGAAGUCUCACGCUUUGAGAUGCACAUGGCAAAUGGUUCACCGCGCAGCUUUUCGAUUAAGUUCGGAUUCAGCGAGAACAGCUACUUCGAGGACAAGUUGCUGGAGAAGAAGUUCUGGUACAGGAAGGCGAUGGAUGGUGAUGAGUGGCAAGGCCUCGUCUCCGAGCCAGUCAAGAUUCACUGGAAGAAGGGCAGGGAUUUGACUGGCGGCCUCACCGAUGCGGCAUAUGCGCUGUACGAGGCGAGGAAGAAACUUCUCGCCAAGUCGAAUGGCAACGCCAAGUCCAUCGAGACCAGCCUGCCCGAAUACAAGGUUUUGGCAAAGAUGAUCGAACAGGGCGAGGAUGCAUCAAAUAGCUUCUUCGCAUGGUUCGGUUUCGUCUCAAGCUGGAGGUGGGUCAGCGCGGAAGAAUCAGAGCAAGCAAACAAGCUCGAGAAGGAGCGCAUGGAGAAGAGAAAGCGAGGGGAAAAGGUCGAGGAUGAGGCCAUCGAUGAGGACGACCAGGACUUCCAGGAGGUUGAGGUCUUCCCCCAAGGAGAUGAGCUCGCCACCAUCAUCGCCGAAGAUAUGUGGCCGUCCGCCAUCAAGUACUUUAAGCAAGCCCACGAGGCAGACGACGAUGAUGGGUCCGACCUCGAGAUUGAGGACUUCGAUGAGGAGGACGACAGCGAUGGCGAGAUCGAUAUCCGUGGACUUGUCGGGAAAGGCCAAAAAUCGAAGGGGUCAAGUGAGUCUCCUCCUCCUAAGAAACAGAGGAAGAAUUAG